GUUACGAUCUUCGUUCUCUCUCUCUAGACGGCCCCCCAUUGCGUGUUCUUCUUUCUCUCUCCCCUCGCUGCAUCUUCAAAAUGCCUCUGAAAAUGUACGAUGCAAACCUCUGCAACUUUGAAGAGAAGUUUAAAAGUUUCGCAUCCGAAACCCCAUCAAACCAUAUCUCUCUAAUCCUCUUCUUAGCUGACAAAAACCCAUCCUCUAAUCUUAGCUGGUGCCCAGAUUGUAACAGGGCAGAACCAGUGAUUUAUCAGAAGGUAGCAGACUGUAACAGAGAUGUUGCUUUGCUGAGGGCGUUUGCUGGGGAUAGAGCCACCUGGAGAAAGGCAGACCAUCCAUGGAGGGUUGAUCAACGGUUCAGAUUGAGUGGUGUUCCCACCCUUGUUAGAUGGGUUGACGGUGAUAUUCGAGGGCGCCUUGAAGACACGGAGGCCGACAUUCCAGAGAAGAUCGAUUCCAUCCUUAAUUGACUCUCUCUUACAUAUAUGGUGAAUUUCUAUAUUAGUUAAUCCAUUUAGUGUUGAAUAAUGUUUGUCCGAGUUUCAGUUGAGAAAUUAUCCUGUUGGGGUUUCUUCUAACUUCAAUCGUGAAGAAAAUGUUCAUUUACUACUUACCAGUUAGUCUCAAAUAAUGUAUCCUGCAAGUUUAAACAGCCUAUUUCAAAGUUGAGGAGUUGGGUUUUGAUAGUGUUAAUGAUGCCAUGUUAUGGAUAGUUCAGAUUUAGUUGAAUAAAAUGUGGGAUUGUGAAUU